AUAUACCACCGACAACAGGAGGCUCCACUGAUGAUAUACCACCGACAACAGGAGGCUCCACUGAUGAUAUACCACCGACAACAGGAGGCUCCACUGAUGAUAUACCACCGACAACCGGAGGCUCCACUGAUUAUAUACCACCGACAACAGGAGGCUUCCCUUAUUAUAUACCACCGACAACAGGAGGCUUCCCUUAUUAUAUACCACCGACAACAGGAGGCUCCACUGAUGAUAUACCACCGACAACAGGAGGCUCCACUGAUGAUAUACCACCGACAGCAAGUGAAACUGGACAAAGAAAGGACGGUGGACAUGACUUAAAGCCUACUUGGAACACUUUCCAAGAGAACCAAAAGAAACACCAAACACAAACUGAAAAACUACUCAGAAGACUUCACCUCCAGGACCAACAUCAACACAUGCUGUCAUCAGAGGACUUUGCACAAAUAGGUCCACCUAUAAAAAAGACUAAUGAGAUCUUUGAGAGAGAUCUAGUUUGUGCUUUUCUUCAGAGGUUGAUGAUGUUAGAUUAUAGAGCCAGAUACAUCACUGUUCAGCAAGAAAGCUCUGAUGUGAACAAUUCACAGCCUGUUCAAGUGUCUGACAGUGCUGUUACAGAUGACGAUGACUUAGAUGCUCUUUUUACAACUAAUGUAGACACAGAUCAGUCAAAAGAGAAUCAUGUGCACCCAAUGGAUGUUCAAAUGGCAGUAUUUCACUGCUCAGACAGCUUCCUUAAACAGAAAAUGAUCACAAAGUUGUCACAGUGUCAGUAUGCCUUACCACUGCUUGUUCCUGAUCCUUUCUCAGCAAAUCUUGAGUGUCCUUUGUGGACGUUCAGACAAAUAACAAAAACAUGGAAAAUAAGCACAAACAAAGAAAAUGCAACCACUGUCACCAUGAAAAGCAUGCCAAUCUACAAAGCUGAGACUCCCAUGGUUUCAUUUUUCAGACUGGGCUCCAUGUCUUUGUCCAAAUCUCAGCUGAUGAAUGCCUUGGUCAACGACCGCCAUGACACAUUCUUCCACAGAAACUGUAAAGGCAGCACCAAAUCUCGUCAUUUGAUGGAUGGCGUGGCAGAGAUUGCCUGGUACUGCCCUGCUGGAAAAGACAAUGAUUUCUUUACUGACUGCAUUGCCUUCUGUAAUCUUCAUGGGGAUUCUCUAGAAAUUGGAAAACAGCGUGAAAUCCUGACUGAAAUGUCAUCAGUCAUUGUUGUUCUUGUGCCAACUCUGGAAAAAUGCCAGGAAAGUACUGCAGUUAUUUCUAUGCUUUACAAGUCUUCAAAGCCUCUAAUCAUCCUCAAUGCAGACAAUGAUUGUAAUGCAGUUCGGGUGAAACCUCAAAAAUACAAACUAGGGCUGAAAGAAAGAAGCCAGUCGGAUGUUUCUGAAGAACUAAAAAAGAUUAUAAAAAGCCUUUUGUCUGAACCCCACACAUCCUUCCGGCUGGAAACUAUGGCCAAAGUCUCUGGGAUCAUAGUGGAUGAAGAUCAGAAAAUCUGCCAGAAUGGGAAAUCUGCUGCAAUGGAAAUAGUUGAAUUGAUUGAAAAGAUGGACGUUGCCAAAAUCAAAGAUAAAUUUCUUCCCUGCCAAGGUCAACUUUGGUCCAACUGGUGCAAAAUCAAUAAAGAGCUGCAUCAUCUAAAGGGAGACAUUGAGAAAGAAAAAGGUCAGAAGAGUCACCAGCUGAUGGAACUACGAGAGAAACAGUGUGAUGUGUCCGACAGUAAACUGAUGAGGUUGUUCACUCAGAGGCUCCAGAGUUUGCCACCAAAAGAAAGAGAAUAUUUCCUGACAUGGACUCAGAUCCUUAUAGAUGCCCUCUCCACAGAUGAUCUCUCUUCAAUUCUCCAAAACUAUGAUGAAACCUGGUCAGGUCUGUAA